CUGGCUCUGGAAGGAGGGAAGCCAGAGGGCUGGGAAGGGGCCAGACCCUCGCUGGGGUUGGACUGGAUGUUUCAAUCUUGGUUUGCGAACUUUUCUGACACCCGGGUGCCGGCAGCCGGAUGAGAGACGCGGGGAGUCAGGUGUGGACACCGCGAAGGAAGGCUGAGACCAGGACAACCCCACUAGCUCAGCCAAGGACGGAGAACUGGAGCCAGCUCUGUGUCGGGGCUCGCACUGUUCUGGCCCAGUCGUGGGGAGGAAUUUGUUUCCCCCGAGCCUUGGCAAACCAGCCUUCGAGGCACGGAUUGGCCGUGUGGAGCCUGCGCUGAUUCGGGACCGCCUGGACCAAUUCCAGCCUUGGGACAGUCCAUCAGGGCAGGGCUUCUGGCUCUGGCCCCCACCUCCCCGACCCCCCAGCUCAAUUCCAGGAUCUGGCGAUUUGGGGGGAAAUCGGAGCCGACAGCUUGUUUAGGUUGGUAGAAGAUGGGCAAGGCCUGCAGGUCCCUCCUGUGUGUGCUGGUGGCGUGCUGGAUGGGCACAGGCGCUGCCCAGUCGGACCUGCACUUCCUGGAGAACCCCUCGAACCAGACCUCAUCCCUGGGCAAGGACGUGCGGCUGCGCUGCGCUGUACAGCUGAGCCAGGAGCUGCCCGAGAUCAGCUGGCUGCGGGACGGGCAGGUGCUGGAGCUGGCCGACAGCAACCAGGUGCAGAUGCCCAUAAACGAGAAGGUCUGGCUGGCCAUCAGCGAGCUCAGCAUCCCGUCCGUGCAGCUCUCAGAUGCGGGCAGCUACCAGUGCAUCAUGUGGGUGAACGGGGAGGAGGUGCUGUCCGAUGCCGCCCACCUGGGGCUGGAAGGUCUGCCUUUCUCCUUCUUCCCGAGGAGCCCCAGGACCUGGAGAUGGCAAGCUGACACGCAUCCCUUCAAUGAGCUUGCAGCGCCGCAGAGCCCCCUGAGGCCAGUGCGGGUCAUCUGGCUGCAGAUGGGGCCCCCCCUCAACUCCCUGGUGGACCCUCUGGGCACAGGUGCCCUCCCAUGCUGCCAUAAACACGGCGGGUCCUUCAGUGGCCGCAGAAGACCCAGAGCAGUGAAGGACGUGCAGACUGACGACCCAGACGCCCUCCGGGAAUUCGAAUUGGGCCCCCGGCACCUUCAAAGCCCGGCCCUGGCACAAGGACCCUCAUUGUCUUGGCUGAUACGGACAAUAAGCUCCCGGAUCAGGAACAAGGAAGUGUGCCAGCUGGCCCCAGCCCUCCCGGACGUGGGCACCUGGCUCUGCUGCUCAGGCUGGGGGGAAAUGGCAGCAGAUGCCGAGGUGACCAGGGUGAAAAAGGAAGGGGAAAUGGGAACAUUUGGGGCACUGACGCCCCUCGCCCGGGACAGACCGGCCAGGAAAGCUGGGCUGGGGAAGCGGAGGCGGGAGUCCAGCCUGAAUAGAAGCGGCCUCGUUCUCCCGAACUGUGAAGCCCACAAUGCCAAGGGCGUGGCACCUCCCGGACCGGGCCAGAUAUCACAGGGUGCAGGGGGCCGGGCCUGCCGUGCUGUGCGGAUCAGGCCCCGGGAGCCCGUGGGCCUGGCUCCCACUGCACUGGGGGAGGGCGUGUACCCAGGCCUGAAUAGAAGCGCCUCGUUCUCCUGUGAAGCCCACAAUGCCAAGGGCGUGGCCACCUCCCGGACCGCGGCCAUCACAGUGGUCCCCCAGCGGCCGAGGAGCCUGGUGCUGGUGACUCGCAGCGCGAACGCUCUGGAGGUGGGUUGGGAGCCGGGGGCCAGCGGGGCGUCGCCGCUCAGUGUCUGCACCGUCCAGGCUGUGCGCACUGACCAGGACCUCAGCACCGUCCCCCCCGAGGCCAUGUACAACCAGAACCUCAACGUGCCGCCCUUCCACCACCUCAUCCAGGGGCUGGCGCCCUUUGCCUCCUACCACGUCCGCGUGGCCUGCCGCAGCGAGGCCGGCGCCUCCCGCUGGACCCACUGGGUGCCCAUGGAGACCCUGGAAGGGGCGCCCUGUGCCCCCCCAGAGAACGUCACAGCCUUCCAGAACGGCAGCCGGGCCACGGUGCACUGGCUGGAGCCACGCGGGCCGCUCGGCGGGAUCCUGCGUGGGUACAGGCUGGCCUAUCAGAGCCCCGGUUCGCCCGAGGUGGUAGUGGAUGUGGGGCUGACCACCGAGAAGACCCUGGAGCUGGUCUCAGAGGUGCAGAACCUGAUGGUGCGGGUGGCGUCGUACACCAGCGCCGGGGACGGGCCCUGGAGUGAUGCCGUCGUGGUCUCCCCAUCCCGUGAGGAGGCCUUUGAACCUCGAGUGGAGCAGGGCGAGCUGGUGGUCCAUUACCGUGUCCGCAAGUCGUAUAGCCGCAGGACCACGGAGGCCACGCUGAACAGCCUGGGCAUCAGUGAGGACUUGAAGGAGAAGCUGCGGGACGUGAUGGUGGAUCGGCACAAGGUGGCCCUGGGGAAGACCCUUGGUGAAGGCGAGUUCGGCUCCGUCAUGGAAGGGCAGCUCAACCAGGACGACAGCAUCCUUAAGGUGGCCGUCAAGACCAUGAAGAUCGCCAUCUGCACCCGCAGCGAGAUGGAGGAUUUCCUGAGCGAGGCCGUCUGCAUGAAGGAGUUCGACCACCCCAACGUCAUGAAGCUUCUGGGCGUGUGUCUGCAGAGCACGGAGAGCGAGGGCUACCCCUCGCCUGUCGUCAUCCUGCCCUUCAUGAAACAUGGCGACCUGCACAGCUUCCUGCUCUACUCCCGGCUGGGGGACAGCCCCCUGCCCGUAUCGGACGUCAUGCGGGAAGAGAGCGCUCGAGCGCCAGAGUGGGCCGGCGCAACGAGGGGUCUGGGAGCGUCACGUCAUGGGAGCCGAGGCGGAGAGGGCAAGUACCAGCUGAUGACCAGCUGCUGGGCCCUGCACCCCAAGGAGCGCCCCAGCUUCCAGGAGCUGCACGGGGCGCUGGAGAAGACGCUGCGGAGUCUCCCGGCUGCCCAGGGCCCCGACGAGAUCCUCUACGUCAACAUGGAGGACGGGGGGGCGGAGCAGGGCGCUGUGGGGGGGCCGGGCCCCGAGCUGCCGGCCAAGGGGCAGCUGCUCCCAAAGGGGGCCGUGGCGGCCCAGGUGCACCGGGCCGAGGGGGCGGGACGCUACGUCCUGUGCCCUGCCCCCCCCGAGAGCAGCCGGCGGCCGGGUGACCCCCCCACCUCCCCCACACCCUGCACCGCCUCCGAGGAGGGGGCCUGAGGAGGGGCUGAUCCCCAGGGGGCCCCGAUCCCCGUCUCACUGGCAGGGCUGGGCAGCCUGCUGGGAUGGCCCGGAGACCCUCCCUCUACCAGCUGCUCCCAUCUCCUGUCUGACCCCCCCACUGACUCUGGGCCCCUGUCCCCCAUCUCCUCUCUGACCCCCCAAAUCCUGGACCCCCCCAUUUG